UGCACCCUGAACAAACCAGAAAAAACAGCCCUCUUCUGCUCUGAGCCCAAGGCAGCAGGGUCCCACCUGCAUCUACCUUUCCUGAGAGAGCAAGGUCAGCUAACCAAAGCCAGAGUGCUCCCACUCUCUGGCUUCGCCCCUCCCCUCCAGGUCCGCCACCACAGGUCUAUCUGGCGCCGCCCGAGGUCUACCUGCCACGCCUGGUGGGUGGAGUGUGAGCGGAGCAGUCUCUCUGUGCUGGACUCUGCACCCUUAGGUGCUCGCGUCUUGGCUCUCAGUGGAGCCUCGGUCUUCCGAGUUGCCAUGGAAGGGUCCAGGACCCCAUCGCCCCGGGAAGAGCUGGAGCUCUCAAUAGUGGAGGGGCAGCAGGAAGAACUGAAGCCUCUGAACAGCCUUCAGAUCCAGCCUUGCUCCACUGAGGACCCUAGCCCGGCACAGGUGGACCAGGAAAGGCCCUGGAGUUCCUGUAACAAGAGCGUGGUUGGAAAAUGUAAACUGUGGAUGGCCAUUGUGAGCAUAUUCCUGUGUUUCAUUAUAGUGGUCAUUAUAAGCCUGUGCCUUGUAGGAGUGACUUAUAUCGAUGAAGAUGAAAAUGAAAUGCCUGAAUUAUCAUCAAACAAAACAUUUUUCAUCGUGCUCAAGAUUCCAGAGGAGUGUGCUAAUGAAGAGGAAUUGCAUCAUUUGCUCACUAAGAGGCUCACGGACAUGUAUAGACAGUCCCCAGCUCUGAACCGUUUUUUCACUUCUGCUGAUAUCAUGGAUUUCAGUGUUGAAAAUGCCACGGUAACCUAUCACUUGCAGUUUGGGGUUCCAUCUGAAGACAAGGACUUUAUGAAGUACAUGAUGAGUGAAGAGUUGGUGCUGGGCAUUAUGCGACAGAGUUUCCACGAUAAGAAUUUAUCUACUUGUGAGAAUCUUGGGCUUGACCCAGAAUCUCUCUUGCUCUAUGGUAAGUAGGGACAGCAAAGAAGUUGGACCAGAGGUGAUGAACAACUUGGUUGAUCAAC